CUUACAUUAAUAAUAGCAGGAAAGGAUAAUUCUGAUUUAGAAGAUGAACUUUCUACUAUGAUUUCUGAGAUUUCAAUAUCCAAUUUGCUUUCUACAAAUGAAUCUAUUUCAUCAACUAGUAAAUCUACACCACCAAAAAUAAAACAGCAAUGUGCACGAGUAAACAAGAUUAGAGUAACUGCAGCCUUUGAUAGCUGGACAAAUAUAAAGCAAGAGCACUUUUUUGGCAUCAUUUUGAUAACUUCUCAGAGUGAAGCUUUAGUUUGGAAUGCACGCAAUAUUACUUCUAUCCUACCUUGCAAUAAUGAAGAUGCACUACAAGAAUUAGAAGAUUUAUUUAUAAAUAAUAACAAUAAAGUCAGCUUACCAAUUUUUAACAAUUCAACAAUUGAAUCUAACAAUCUGUUAAUUAAACAAAGUGAAGCAACUAAAGCAAUUAAGACUAUUGAAAUGACUAGUGAAAAAAUAAUUGAUGAUUCUGAAACUUCUGACAAUGACAAUGAAGAGAAUUGGUCAAAUAUAAUUGAGAGCUUAGGUUGA